AUGUUGACCAGAGCAUAUGAUGUGCUAGAACAGUGGACGGCUCUAACGGAACGGGUUUCCUUGAAUUACGACAACGAUCCAUCCGUGGUUUCCGAUGCUAUUGCCAGAGAAAAGUGGAAUGCCUCUUUCUUCAAUCGUUUACGCCAAUCCAGUGAGGAACAUCAGAGGUAUGAGGUCUGUGGUCAGCUGUUUGGUAAACUGACUGUCGCAAGAGAACCAGAGCGGACAUUGCUGCUAAGAGGCGUCAGGCGACACUCCUGGGGCAUUUGCGACUGGACAACCUACUACAGAUACAUGUCACACUGUGGAUAUCUGGAGUAUCGUCUGCGGAUAUGUGAUUUUGCCCUGCGGACAGACACGUAUACUGAAAUCAACUGACCUGCACUUAUCUCUACAUGGGGAGAUUACACCGCCUUCGGACAAGUUAUGCUUUAAUGCAAUU